AUGACUGCAAUACUUGUAAAUGUAAACAUAACGGACAAGUUGAGUGCACAUAUAAAACGUGUCGAUGUACACACAAAGGACAAACUUAUAGAAUUGGUCAGAAAUUUUAUGAAGAUUGUAAUCAAUGCCAAUGUUUAUCAACUGGAUAUGUUCAAUGUACAACCAAAGUUUGCAAAUGUACUUACAACAACCAGAUUUAUAAUAAAAAUAAAAUUAAAAUGCUGUAAGACUUGCACUUGUCAAACUACAGGAACAGUGCAGUGUAACAGCGGUAAAUGUGGCUGUUAUUACAAACAUUCACAAUAUCAAGAGGGUCAAAAUUUCGCUGAUGCUUGCAACACUUGCCGCUGUAUAAACGGUCAAGUAGAUUGUACAACAAGAAUCUGUCAAUGUACAUAUCAAGGACGAACUUAUAAUAUUGGCCAAAGAUUUGGUGAAUGUGACGAAUGCCAAUGUUUGUCUAGUGGCACAGUCCACUGUUCUAACAAGCCAUGCAAAUGCAUCUAUAACGGAAAUACCUAUCGAAUUGGUGAAAGAUUUGCAAACGGCUGCAAUACAUGCACAUGUAAAAUCGAUGGUAGUGUAGACUGCACUACAAAUCCAUGUACCUGUACUUACAAUCAUAGGGUUUAUAAUAUUGGGCAGAAAUUCGACGAUGACUGCAAUACUUGUACAUGUAAACAUAACGGUCAAGUUGAGUGCACAUAUAAAACGUGUCGAUGUACACACAAAGGACAAACUUAUAAAAUUGGUCAGAGAUUUCAUGAAGAUUGUAACCAAUGCCAAUGUUUAUCAACUGGAUAUGUUCAAUGUACAACCAAAGUUUGCAAAUGUACUUACAACAACCAGAUUUACAAUGUAGGUCAAACAUUUAGACAGGGUUGUAAUAGAUGUACGUGCGAAGUGAACGGGAGAGUAAGCUGUACUAAUAACCCAUGUCAAUGCUUUUACAAUGGAAAUACCUACCGAAUCGGAGAUUCAUUUAGAAAAGGCUGCAAUACAUGCACUUGUAAAAUCGAUGGUAGAGUAGAGUGCACAACAAAUCUAUGCACCUGCAAUUACAACGGCAAGCAUUACGACAUUGGUUCUAUAUGGUUUAAUGACUGAAACAAAUGUCAGUGCACUUCUGGAGGAAGAGCGGUUUGUGAACAGAAACCAUGCACGAAACCCUGUAUACACAAAGGAAAUACAUAUUCCGCUGGCCAAACAUUUAAAGAUGACUGCAACACCUGUAGAUGCGGACAGUUUGGUCGAGUAUCCUGUACUAAACUGUACUGUCCCCCAACCACGUGCCAAUAUUACGGAAAAACUUACAAACAGGGACAAACAUUUAUGACUCAAGAUAGAUGCAAUGUUUGUCGAUGUUCAAAUGGAAAUGUCAAGUGUACCAAAUACGAUUGUUAUAAAGAGGUGAGUAAAGUUUUCUAUU